UCGUCGUCUACUGUUGUUGACUGCCUGCACGCACCUGCUAUUUAAGGUAACCACCACCACCGCCACCCAUCACUCACUUACUAUUACUAUUACUACUACAACCACUCCUCUCCUUCACUUUCUCUCUCCACAUACUCAACACAUCCCUCACUCCUCUCCAUCCACCUCUGCAACUCCAUAUUCAAUUCGCCUCGCCCCAUUGCCCCAAUAUCAAUUGCUAACUUGCCUCUCACCAGUACUUACUAUAUCACCUCACUCACAAACCAUCAUAAUGCGUUACACCAUCUACGCUCUCGCUGCUGUUGCCAGCUUGGUCAGCGCACAGUCUGCUACUUCUUUCGCUCCUGCUCCAAAGGUCACCACCAAUCCUAUCCAGGCCGAACUCCAUGCCGAAUUGCCAGAGCAGACCAAGAACAAUGUGCGCGGAUCCGUUGUUGCCAAGACUGUAGAGGAGGGCAAGGGCGUCAAGAUCGAGAUUUCCGUUGCAGGCCUUCCGGCUGAGGGUGGUCCUUUCAUGUACCACAUCCACGAGAAGCCUGUACCUGCCGAUGGCAACUGUACCGGAACUGGUGCUCAUCUGGAUCCCUUCAAGCGUGGAGAGGUGCCAGUCUGCAACCCUGAGCAGAAGGAGACUUGCCAGACUGGUGACUUGUCCGGAAAGUAUGGCAACUUGACCACGGAGAAGAGCUCUUUCGAGUACAUCGACAAGUACAUCUCCACCGAUCCCUUGGACCUCUCCUACUUCGGAAACUUGAGUGUGGUCAUCCACACGAGCAACAAGAGCCGCAUCUCUUGCGCCAACUUCUCCGUCGUUAACCCAGGAGCGUUCGUCCCCACUGCAUCUUUCCCCGCUCAUCUCCCCUGGGCCACCAGCAACUCUACCCACGCAGCUUCAGGCACCGGUCACUCCAGCUCCGAGACCAGCGCCGCCCCUACGUCGGUCAACUCUCCUACUCCCACCCAGCCUGGACCCCCAGCUGAGCAGAGCACCAACGCGGCCGUGAAGAUGGGCAUCGCCGGCAUGGGCGCCUUCGCCGGCCUCAUGGCCUUCGUCCUCUAAACGACCUCUUCCUUUCCAAUUUCGGAUGUGUCCUUCUCGUCUACCAAAAUUGACAAGUUGUGUGGCUCCAUCGAAAAUCUCUCUCAAAAAAUGCAGCAUAUUGGCGUUAUACCACGGUGAGAGAAGGACGUUUUGACUUCUCU